CUCUCUCUCUCUCUUUCAUCAAUAAAUACUGAUCCAACUAACAACAACCCAAAGAAGAAGAAGAAGAACACGAAAAAAAAAAAGAAAAAAAAAAGAGAAUGAAAUCUUCAGGUAGAAGAAAGGCUCUACAGCCCAGAAACAUCUUCCUAACCCCAAAAGAGGAGGAAGAUACUUUUGUUAAACCAAAAGCUGAUGCAGAGCUGAAGAAGAAGAAGGAGAAUCUGAAACUGAAUCUUGACACAAUAAUCGAUGCUUCUCUUGCGGAGGAGCUGAGCGCUUUCAAGAAGAAACUCGAGAGACUGAGAGAAGAUCGUGAAAGAACAGAGAAGGUUCUCAAGGAGAAGGAUGUAGCCAUGGAUCUUCAGAUGAGCCAUCUUCUACAGAGAGGAGAUACACAGAAAAGCCUUGAAAUCCAAGUCGAUCGUCUCUUCCGAUUGAAGGAGCUUCACGCCUAUUCCUCCCAGAAGAUAUCUCCGAUCCGAUCUUUGAGAGCUAAGGAGCAUGAGAAGAAGAAGAUGAGACGAUUCAGCUCCGAACCGGAAGAACCAAUGGCAGAAGAAGAAGAAGAAGAAAGCUCCGUGAACAAGAAUCUCGAGACUGAUAUCAUCAUCAACGCAAAUGAGGCGGCCAUGGAAGAAGAAGGAGAAGAAAGUGAAUGAAAUGCAAAUACAGAAGCAAGCAAAUCUGGAGCAGAGGACCACCGAGGAGGAUGAGGGUUCGCGUUGCACGACGACGACGAAGAUUGCAAAGGAAGAGUUUUUUUUUUUUUCCCUUGUCACUGUUGUUGAAAUCUCCCUGCAGAAGGACUCAGUGGACUUGGCACUAAAGGUCUUCAUUGAAGAGAAGGAUUUAGAGAGUCACACUAGAAAUGCUUAGUUUGAAUUGAAUGUCUUCAGCUUUCACUUUCUUCUUUGUAGCGCAACAACCAACUUGAAUUUGCUUAUGCAGUUUCUUGGAUGCUUCUAAAUUGUUGAAUUUUAGAGAUGAUCAAACAGAAUCUGAGUAUCAAAU